AUGGCUGACGAGGAAAAACGACCCGACUGGUCCAACCUCCCCACCGAUCUCCUGGAGAACAUCGGGAGGAGGACCCGCGACGCCGUCACCGGCCUGGCCGCGUUCCGCUCCGUCUGCCGGGCAUGGCGCGCUGCGGUAGGGCCAGCGCCGCGCCUGCUGCUUCCCCGUGCGGGGCCGUCAGAGGACGCGCUCGUCUUCCCCUUGUCGCGCGGCUGGUCCAUAGUCGUCGACGCCCGCGACGCGUCCUGCCGCCUCUCGCACCUGGCCACGGGCGCGACGGCUGCCCUGCCCAGGCUCAACGCCGUCCGCCACGCCGGCAGCGACGUUGUCACGCACCUGACAUACCUGCGCCGCCCCGACUUCCACACGGCGGUACGCACCUGGAUCUUGUGCACAAACUACCUCCAAUUCACGGAUUUCUUCCGCUUCGCCGUCCAUGUCCCACCCGGCGCUCCUCCGACGACGGCGGCGGCGGCGGCGAGCAUGACGAUCAUGAUGUCCCACAUGAUGCUGGUGCCACCGGGAGCGGGUAUGUUAUGCUGCCGCCCCGGAGACGCGGCUUGGACCUUGGUGAACACGCCCGUCCCAGUAAACCUCGGCUACUUCGACUUAGCCUACCACGACGGCAAGAUGUUCGGCUUCGACGGCCAGAUGACGGUGUUCGACGCCACGACGCUCCACGCCCUCUGCAUCGUGCAGCCUCCACCAGCGACGCCCAACCUUGCCAACAAGAUGUACGGCAUCUGUACCCAGAAGGAAGAGUUCAAUUUCGUCCACCUCGUUGCGUUGCCGAGCAAGCUGGUUUUGGUCAGGACUAGCGUCAAGUCUUCACGGCCGGUGGCCUUCGACGUCUUCGAGUUAGGCUCGACGCCUGACGGGCUCGCUUGGCUCAAGGUGAGAGACGCUGGCGACUACGAACUGUUCCUGGAUGGAUAUCACACCACCUUUAGGGAAAAUAAUGGCGUCAACGGCGGCGGUACUCGGAUCUACUAUGUUCAUGACGUUGCUACAGCAGACCUUUUUUACGACGAGCUCCGGGUUCCUCCUGCGGCCUACUGCUACAGCAUGCAGGAUAACAAACUGGAGUGCAUCUACGUGCCGCCGGAGGAUAUUCAUCGAUGCUCAACUAAGCCUAGUUGGUUUGUUCCCUAG